UUCUUUUGUCAAGUGCUUGCUGAGUUGGAAUAGCUUCUCUGCAUGCUCGGUUUGCUUAACACCGACUUAUGGCCUUUCCUUUUAGUUUCCAGGAAGGGUUUAGCAUGAGAUUGUCAUGGUGUAAUGUUGCACGCCUUUGUUGUGGCUUGUAAAAUUCAAGGCAUAGACUGGAUAUUUCACAAGGCCUUAUCUACACACCAAGAUGCGUCAGUUCAUUCCAAGGUGGCUGCUGUGGCUCCGAUCUCAAGCAGUAUGUGUUCGGAGGCUGGGCCUGGGCUUGGUGGUGCAUUUCUGACACACAAAGGAUUUCCCUAGAGAUAAUGACGUUACAGCCCAGGUGUGAGGACGUAGAGACGGCGGAGGGGGUAGCUUUAACUGUCACAGGUGUGGCACAGGUGAAGAUCAUGACGGAGAGGGAGCUGCUGGCCGUGGCCUGCGAGCAGUUCUUGGGGAAGAACGUGCAGGACGUGAAGAACGUGGUCCUUCAGACGCUGGAGGGGCACCUGCGAUCCAUCCUAGGCACCCUCACCGUGGAGCAGAUCUACCAGGACAGGGACCAGUUUGCCAAGCUGGUGCGGGAGGUGGCAGCUCCGGAUGUGGGCCGCAUGGGCAUCGAGAUCCUGAGCUUUACGAUCAAGGAUGUGUACGACAAGGUGGAGUACCUGAGCUCUCUGGGCAAGACGCAGACCGCCGUGGUCCAGCGAGACGCCGACAUCGGCGUGGCAGAGGCUGAGCGAGACGCCGGCAUUCGGGAGGCGGAGUGCAAGCGGGAAAUGCUGGACGUCAAGUUCAUGUCGGACACCAAAACGGCCGACUCCAAACGGGCCUUCGAGAUGCAGAAAGCUGCCUUCAGCCAGGAGAUCAACAUCAAGACGGCCGAGGCCCAGCUGGCCUACGAGCUGCAGGGCGCGCGGGAGCAGCAGAAGAUCCGCCAGGAGGAGAUGGAGAUCGAGGUGGUGCAGCGCAAGAAGCAGAUCGACGUGGAGGAGAAGGAGAUCAUCCGCAUGGACAAGGAGCUGAUCGCCACCGUCAAGCGGCCGGCCGAGGCCGAGGCGCACCGCAUGCAGCAGAUCGCCGAGGGCGAGAAGUGAGUGGCCCCCGGCCCAG